AUGGCCAAAAAUGGGUUCGCCUUGUCUAAGGAAGAAGUCUUAGAUGUUGUAAAGAAGUAUGUGGAACAAAACAGUUUGACUGUUCCUUUUGUAGGAAACCGACCAGGCCAUGAUUGGUGCAAAGGAUUUUGUGAACGACAAAAAAUGAGCCUAAAGAAAAUGGAGCCACUGGAAAAAGCUCGCAAGAUUAAUACAAGCGAUCCAUUUCUAAUUUAUAAUUUCUACGAUUUAGUAGAAAAAAACAUAAAAGACUUGGCAUUGGAAGACAAACCAAACCACAUCUACAACCUGGAAAAGUCAUCAUUUCGCAGUGAUCCCUCCAGGGUAAAGUUGUUAUCUGGAGUAGGUCAGAAAGCUCACAGAACACAGGAAGGCACUGGCAGAGAUAAUACAACAGUGUUAGCAUGUUGUAAUGCUGCAGGCUUAGUCACAUCUCCUUUGAUCAUUUUUCAGGGUGCAAACUUAUGGUCUACUUGGAAAGGAGAAAAAGACUUAUCCGGAACAUUUUAUGCAUGUAGUCAAAAUAGCUGGAUGACAUCAGAAAUUGUUCAUGACUACUUUAAACAAUUUAGUAAAAUAGUGAAGGAAAGACCACUUUUGUUCAUUUUUGAUGGACACAUGACACAUUUGGAUGUUGCGACAGCUGAAUAUGCCCGUGAAAAUCAAAUCACAAUAAUCAAGCUACCAGCACAUACAUCAGACGUCCUGCGGCCAUUAGACAAGUCUUGUUUUAAGACUUUCAAGUAUGUUUGGGAUCAACAUUUACUUCAAUGGUAUCGUCAAAACCAAAUAAAAAUGCUUAAAGACGAGUUUGUGGAUAUGCUGUGUAAGGUUUGGAACACAGGUUUAACUCCUAAAAAUGUCAAAACAGGAUUUGAGUCUACAGGAAUUUUCCCAUUUGACAGGACAAAAUAUCCUAUUGCGCGUCUAGAUGCUGAAAAACUCUCAAGAUAUAAAAUAAAAAAGAGGGUUCUUCGAAGGAUGAUGAAGCAAUGA